AUGGCCGAUGAUAAGAAAGACUCGAAGAGCUCGGAAUCGGAGCACAUCAAUCUGAAGGUGCUCGGACAGGACAACGCUGUGGUGCAAUUCAAGAUCAAAAAGCAUACACCGCUGCGUAAGCUGAUGAACGCUUACUGUGAUCGGGCGGGUCUAUCGAUGCAAGUCGUCCGCUUCCGGUUCGAUGGACAGCCGAUCAACGAGAACGAUACCCCGACCACCCUGGAAAUGGAGGAAGGCGACACAAUCGAGGUGUACCAACAGCAGACUGGUGGAGGAAAUCGUCCCAUGCAGUAA